CACAUUCAUUCACAUAAGAGUGAGCUACUUCCAGAUCCCAGUCAGACUGAGCCGCUGUGUUUUCCAGAGGAACAUCACUGCUUUUUGCUGAUAUUUGCAGAGACAGAAAAGCUUUCAGAAAGAAGAAAAAAAAGAUUUUGUACUGACAAGAGUACACAAUGAGCUUUUUUAUCCCUGUGUUUGGUUUGAUUCUUACUUUGUAUCAGAUUGGGAGGAAUCCUGCCAGUGCUGGGAUGUGCUGGCUGCAGCAGAGUCAAGACCAGAGGUGUGACAUGGUGCUGAUGCGAGGGGUGACCAGGGAGGAGUGCUGUGCCGGGGGACGCCUGGACACAGCGUGGUCCAACACCAGCCUGCCCAUGAAUGAGGUCAGCCUGCUGGGCUUCCUGGGAAUUGUCUCCUGUAAACCAUGCAAAGAGACGUGCGAGGGAGUCAAAUGUAGUCCCGGGAAGGUUUGCAAAAUGAAGACAGGAAGGCCUCAGUGUGUGUGCUCUCCAGACUGCUCUCAUAUUACCCGGAAGCACGCUGUGUGCGGCAGCGACGGGAACUCUUAUAAGGACGAGUGUUCUCUGCUGAUGGCGCGCUGCAUGGGACACCCCGACCUGGAGGUCAUGUACCAGGGAGACUGCAAAAAGUCGUGCUCCAACGUGGUGUGUCCAGGUACCCACACCUGUGUGACCGACCAGACCAACAGCGCCCACUGUGUCAUGUGCCGCACCACGCCCUGCCCCAUCCCCAUGCCGUCUGAGCAGCCCAUAUGCGGCAAUGACAACAUCACUUACCCCAGCGCCUGCCACCUCCGCCGGGCCACCUGCUUCCUCGGCCGCUCCAUAGGCGUCCGCCACUACGGCAACUGCAACAGCCCUCCUCGGAAAUCUCCAGAUUUCGACGGCAGUGAGGAAAACGCCGUCUAACUCCUGAAAUAGUCGAUUGGUCGACAAACUUUCCAAGUGUCACACCACUAGCUUCCCAUGAUGACCUCUUUUUUUUUUGACAAUCACUCCCCCCCCCUUCCCUUUGUGCACAGAAUGACAAUACAUUCGGAAGACCUCUGUUGGUCUAACUGCCUUAACCCAUUGAAGCCUGGAAAGCGGAUACGUCGUUUUGUAGUAUUUGUAUAAGCUCUCAAAUACUUUUUGAAUUUCAUUUCUAUCUGCUACAGAGGCUGAAAAAUCUAUUAUUUAGUAGAAGCGUUGACACUUCUGUUGAAUUUCCAGAAAAAAUUCAGAUUUUAGGGGCUUAUUUUAAAAUCGCCCAGAGGUUUUACAGGCGUUUCAGGCCUCAAUGGGUUAAAAUGAGCUACAAAACCCUGCCAGCAAUUUGUAUUAACCUUGUGUUAGUUUGGGAAAUAGAGGCAGAUGUGUCUCGAGAUCGAAAAAUCUCAUUGGCUCUUUGGGAAAUGUGUGCAUAUUGUAAAUAGAAUACCACUACUAUUUAUUGGAGAAGGUAUCAAACUCUAUUUAUGUUUUUAUCCUAGUAGCAAAUUCAUAUAUCCUUGGGAAAGCUGAUGCAUAAAAUGUAUUUAUUGUGUUUUGUUUAUUGUGUAUGUACAAUAGCAGCCACUGGCAUUGGCAUUUUACAACUUUGUACAUUCUCCAUUCCCCAGAAUACAAACAGUUUUCCCCCCACAAGGCUGAUGGUAGGCAUCGCUCACAUGCUUGGAAAGCUGAUACCACUUUAUAGGCUGCAGUGUGGUUCCAAUUCACCACAAACAAGAACAAGACUGCUACAAAUUGCGCUGUAAGCUUUAGUCGUGAGGUGAGGAAGGGGCUCAGCCUAAACAAACCUGUAUAUUCUGCCCCCCACACACAUGUUUACUGCCUGAUCCUAACUCUCAGCCACCCGCUGAUUACUAAAAUUAACAGUUUGGUGUGUUUGUAGGAGUCUCAGAAGACUGAACCAAGCUCUCUCCAAAAUACCUCCUCUGUUGACUGUCUGGCUUUUGUUUUUUAAAUGCAUUUUUUGUAGUUUGUUUUAGCUCAUUCCAUUGCUGUUUUGCUGCUUUGAUUUGAUUUUGGAGACUUCAUGAACAGACAAAUGUAAUCAGCAUUAUCUUAUCGAAUGGAGAAUUCGAUUUGUCUGAGAAUGGACCAAACAGAACAAACCUGAUGUGUUUACCUUCUGGUAAACCUGGUGGAUAUCCACACAAAUGGUCAAAGUGAUCCAACUGAAAGCUCAAAGCAGAAAUACUUUUAAUAAUCCUGUAUUAUGGAACAUCUCAAUGACUCUCCUGUAAAUAACAGUCUCAUGUGUACCUUCCUGUGUACCUACUGUGAAAAUUGAAUGACAAAUGCAUCAACAUAUUUUUGUAUUUUUGUACUGCCAUUUCAAAACAACAUAAAGUUUAAUAUUUGUCACAA